GCUGAAGAGAGAAAAAAUCAAAAGGAAAUACGGGUGGGGACUUUCGGUCCUCGAAUGCUAUAAAAUCCUCCGCAGGAUUCGGAGUCCUGUUAGUGAUACCAAACUAUCUUGACAUCCGCACGACCACGUUAACUUCUUCUCGUUAACAUGAAGUUUCUUGUGAUCUUUGUAAUUUUUGGAGUUUGUCUCGUACAAAGUGCACCUUCGACCUUGCUCUCGACGAUAGCACCUCAGCAAUUGGGAUCGAGUCCACCACAGAUGUCCAGAUACGUGGGACAGGCCCAUUAUCCAGGAUAUUACGUUUACAAUUAUUUACAGGUCGACCACGGACGAGAAGUUCCUGUCGCAAUAUACGCUGACGGAAGUCCCGCCCUUUCUCACUUACAGCCAACGUAUGCUUACUACGGAUCGCCUUAUUUCGAUUACAGAUACCAAUUUAAUCAGUUGUUUCCUGGAUUCGUCGGUUAUCAACCGCCGACAUUGAUACCGAGCGGACCACCCUCGUUUGUACCGCCUCAACAGGGACCGCCGACCUUCCAGCCGACCACAGAACGACCCUCGUACGAGGACGACGGUGUGGAAAAACUCGACGAGAAACUUGAGCCCGCGAUGGAAAGCGACAACAACGACGAGCACCGAGAAGACGACGACGACGAUUCCGUCACCAUCGAUGCCGUUUGAAUCAAUCGCGUUUCAGACUAAAAAAUUCUUUUUUUUUUCCCCACAGAAACGAAAUCAUGAGAAUAUUUUGAAAUAACGAUAUGAAACGGAGAAAAAUGUUCCUCGCACAAUAAAGAACUGCAAAAGUUUCGAAAAAAAUGUAAAAAUGUAGAAAAUU